AUGGCCGACGGCGAUGAAGCUAGUCACACCCCAUCUAACAACAAUGUAGGAGAAAAUGCUCCACACCUGGAUAUUUAUGAUGAUGAGGCACCGAUGUCUCCUCGAAGCAAACGUUUGAUGCAACGUAUGACUUUAUUAAUUCAGCAAACGUUAGCCCAACAACUACAUGACGAUAGAAAGUCUGAAGAUGAUAAAAGUAAAGGUAAGGAGAAAGAAACGGCUGACACCUCAAAACCCAAAACCGACCGAGUCUCUUUUAAAACCUUUCGUGGUAGCGGUGCUACUGAGUUCUUUGGGAAGGUUGAUCCGUUGGAGGCACUUGAAUGGAUAUUGAAUACUGAGAAGGUCUUUCGUAUCACCCGAGUGCUAUCUGAUGAUAAAGUGAAUUACACAACGACCAUGUUCAAAAGUAGGGCCUUGAUAUGGUGGAAUGCUACUUUUGCAGCUUUAGAGAAAGAGUUUCUUGAUCUUAAUCAAGGAAAGAUGUCAGUGGUGGACUACGAGACCGAGUUCAAUCAUAAAGCACAGUUUUCCAUACGUUUAUUGACUACAGAACAGGAAUGUGUAGACCACUUUAUAGACGGAUUGCGAUCAGAGAUUCGAGAUGUCAUCGCCAAUCGUAACAUUUCAGAGUUUGAUAAAGCGGUGGAAUCUGCACGACGGCGCGAACACGAUUUGACCCACUCGGAUCGUAAUCCAGCUCCGCCAGCCAAGCGACCUCGAAUUGAAGGUACCAUAUCUGCACCACCACAACAAUUUUCUAUGAAUUUCAAUCUGAGAUACGCUCAAUCCCAAGCAAGAUCACGAUCUCAAUCUUGGUCCCAAGCUUAUAGCCUUCAGUCAAAUGCUCUUCCACCCUGUUCUAUUUGCGGUAAGGCUCAUCGAGGCCGAUGCAACACUGUUCGCCCUGAAGUUAGAUGUCAUGGUUGUGGUGAAGCUGGACACGUGAGACCGAACUACUCGAGGAGGGAUAUGACAUGCUACUCAUGUGGUGCUAUAGGUCAUCGUCAAAGAAAAUUCCCUCGAUCUAAACCUGAGGAAAGUAUGGCUUCUGUUGGCCGACCUUCUACUAGUGGUGCUCCUCGUGAAAAGGAGGAGGUACUGCGCGUCCAGGCCAGAGCUUUUCAAAUCACUGCUGAGGAAACUCAAGAUAAACCGGAUGUGGUUAUGGGUAUAUUUCUCGUUAAUUCUCAUCCUGCUCGUAUCUUAUUUGAUUCUGGUGCUACUAAUUCAUUCGUUUCUCAUACGUUUGCUCGAUGUUUAAACUUUGUGCCAUAUGUGCUUGCUAAACCUUUUUACGUUGACACUGCUGAUGGCACAUCUAUGCUAGCUGAUAAAGUUUACAAAGAUUGUGUGUUGCAAUUAGAUGAGCAUGAGUUUUUCGUAGAUCUUGUACCGAUGGAUAUCUAUAGCUUCGAUAUAAUUAUUGUUAUGGAUUGGUUGACUAAGAAUCGGGCUGAUAUUUUGUGUUUUCAACGCAUAAUCCGUAUACCGUACGACGUCGACUAUUUAUAUGUUUACGGUGAAAAGCAUAAAGGGGACGUAAAGUUAAUUUCUACGCUUAAAGCUCGAAGAAACCUAUCUAAAGAUUGUUCUUCCUAUUUAGCCUAUAUCUUUGAUGCGUCGAAAGAGGUAAAGAAAACGGUUAGUGACAUACCGGUUGUGUGUGAAUUUCCGGAUCUAUUUCCCGAGGACAUACCCGGUUUACCUCCUGAUAGACAAGUUGAAUUUUGA